UGAUGUUCCAAAAGUUUGAUUUCUCUUUUUUGAUAAUUUCCGUUUUAGAUCUUGCAGAUCCCAUCUCAAGUAUAUUAAACUUCACAAGAAAUUUAAAAGAUCGAGAGAUUUUAAAAAAGAUGGCGGAGGAGCAUAGAUGCCAAACGCCGGAAGGCCACCGUCUUUGCGUCAACAACUGCGGCUUUUUCGGAAGUCCGGCGACGAUGAAUCUGUGCUCUAAAUGUUAUAGAGAUUUUCGUCUCAAAGAACAACAAGGAGCUUCUUCCAUCAAAUCAUCUCUUUCUUCCUCCUCCCCUUCAUCUUCGUCAGCGGUUGUCGAAUCCGUUUCUCAGGCUCCGCUAUUCACUCUCCCUGAAGUCAUCGGAGAAUCGCCUGCUCCGGCUGUCGAGAUUGCCCCGGAAGCUGAGCAGCUGCCGCAGCAACAACAACCAAAUCGGUGCAUGGUUUGCAGGAAACGAGUCGGGUUGACCGGGUUCAAGUGCAAAUGCGGGACUACGUUUUGCGGAUCGCACAGGUAUCCAGAGAAUCACGGGUGCACGUUCGAUUUCAAAACAGUCGGCAGAGUGGAGAUUGCACGCGCUAACCCCGUAGUCAAAGCAGAUAAGCUCGACAAGAUUUAAGAAGUCGUCAUUGGAUGAAACCUUGG